AUGGACAGAAUUUCCCAAAAGGUGUAUAUAUCCCUCAAGACGAUCAACUUUAUUUAUCCAGGUGGAACAUUAGAAUUUAAUAGAUCAGUAGCAGAUGGUGGUAAUACGGGAAUCAAUGAACCCUCAAUAUUUGUUGACGGUUCUACAGUUUAUGGUAAUCGUGAUGCUGAUUUACGAAAGAUUAGAGAUUAUAAUAAUAAUGGGAAAAUGAUAUUAAUAAAAGAAUCUACACCUGAUGGAGCAUUUGGAUAUCCACCUGUCGAUGUGAAUGGCGAUUUUAUAUAUGGAUAUAGCGCAGAAUUUGGAAGAAAUGUCUUUACAGAUUUUUUUCAUAUACUUUUCGUACGUGAACACAAUAGGUUAUGUGACGAAUUAUUCGCUAUUCAUGGGAAUAGUUGGGAUGAUGAAACAUAUUUCCAAGAAGCUAGAAGAUGGGUUAUAGCUUUUCUCCAAAAAAUUACUUAUUAUGAAUAUC